CUAAUUAAUUAAUGGAUAUAUAAAAUUAGAAAAGAAAGAGCAAAUUUUCAUUCUCUCGUGCUCCAGCAAAUGAAAAUUCUAGUGCUCUUUAAUAAUUGAAAAAUAGAUUUAAAGGUAAAAUAAGUUUGUAGUGUUAGGAUAAAUGUUGUAAUUGAUAAAUAAAAAUGAAAAUAAGGAUUAGGAUAAAUAAAUAUAAGAGUUUUUAAGUCGAAUAAAUGUUGAAUUAGAAGAAGAGGAUCUAAAAUAUAUAAAAUUUGAUAUGAGCAAAUAUCAUGAAAAUUAUAUUGAUGGUGAGAUUUUAGGUGAAGGAUGUAUUGGAUUAGUAAGAAGUGUUACAAGGAAAUAAGAUGGAAGUGAAUUUGCAUGUAAAAUAGUAAAGACUGAUGCUGAAGAGAUAGUGAAAAAUGUUAUAUUGAAUAUUUAUAAGUUUAGAUGAUAUUAGAAUUUAAGAAUCUUAAAAAAUUAAGUCAUCCUCACAUAGUGGCAAUGAAGGAACUAUUUAUAUAAUGGAAUGAAGGUUUUUAGAGUACAGGAACAGUAUUAGUAGUAAUGGAGAAGGUGAAAGGAAUGGAGAUGUUUGAAGUAAUAAGAAAGUAAAAGAACUAUAGUGGUAAUAAAAGAUUUAUGUUUAGAAUGGACAGCAAGAAUAUUAUUUGAAUAAAUAUUAGUUGCUAUUAAAUAUAUGCAUGAUAAUUAUUGUUGUCAUAGAGAUUUAAAACCUAAUAAUAUUCUAUGUACUGAAGAUGGUACAUCAAUUAAGAUUACAGACUUUAAUGUAUAUCUAUAAAUGAUUAUAAAUAAAUUAGGUUUCAAAAUUUACUAAUGGAUAUAAAGAAUUCUAAAACAUUGAUGAACAUGGUAAAAUAGAGAUGUGGACAUAUACAGGUACAGUUGCAUUUUCAGCUCCUGAGAUAUUUUCAGGUGGUUUGUACAAGUAUAUUAUUUUUUGCAAUUAGUGAAUAAGUCGAUCUUUGGAGUGCAGGUGUGAUAUUAUAUGUUAUGUUAAGUGGAGAAUUACCUUUUAAUUCAGAAUAUUUAAAUGAUCUUAUAGAUUAAAUACAAAAAUGUAAAUAUUAAAUGAUUGGACCUAUUUGGGAUCAUAUAUCACCAACAGCUAAAGAUUUAAUAUAAAAUUUGUUAUAAUUUGAUCCACAAUAAAGAUUAACACCUGAAUAAGCACUUAAUCAUCCAUGGAUUAAAAAUGUUUAAAAUAAAUCAGAAAUACCAAGAGAUACUCUAGAAAAGAAUAUGGCAAGAUUUUUAAAUUAAAAAACAAAUAAUGAAUCUGAAAUGAGUGCUAAAAAGAUUAAAUAAAUAUGUUUUUUAUUUGGUGCUGGUGAAAUAUGGAAACGUCACUCAUUAAAAAAUUCAUCAGUUUCUAAAAUAUCUGAAGAUCUUAAGAAAUUUAAAUCUAUUGAUAUUUCAACUUAUAACAAACAAAUAUAAGUAACGAAAGAUAAGAAUUCUAAGAAUAUUUAUCAUAUUGAUUGUCCAUUUAAUGAUGAUUCAGAUUGA